CUUUAGCCCAACGAAGGAAGUAAGAACCACACAAAUAUUAGUCAUGGCAAUAUCUCUUUCUUCUGCAGCCAAUUCUCCUCCAUGCUUAAAGCCUCUUCUUCCUAAAACCUUGAGCUCUUUCCACACCAAAAAUGGACGCUCAAGCUCAAUCUUCAGUAUAAAGUGUGAAUCUUCGGCAGAUAAUGAGAGUGCAAAACGACUUUCAAAACUCGAGAUUGGGUCUCCUAUUGUUGUCGUUGAGGCCCCCAAGAUGAUUAAAACCGCUGCCUCAGUUCCCUGCCUUAGGGUCAACUCUGGCUUAGUCAACCCUGGCGAUGUUGGAAGGAUUGUGUCAAGAAAGCCAAAGGAUGUGUGGGCAGUGCGUCUAAGCAUCGGUACUUACCUUAUAGAUGGGAAAUAUUUCAAGCCCUUAGAUGUUGACAAAUAAAUAUAAAUAUACAUACAAAUAAUUCUUGGCUUAUAUAUAUGGAUAUCAGAAUAAUAAUUUUAGAUGAAGAUCUUGCCUAUUGCAUUUUUCUAAUUUCUUCCACAUUUCUUGUUGUUGCAAUAUGUAACAAUAUAUUUUUAUUGUUCCAAUCUUCCCAAAUAAUCGGGUUAAUUACAUUAAUGGUCAAUGAGUGCGAGCAAAAGUACAUAGAGGCCUAGAUGUAUGAAUACGAA